CAGCGUCAACGCCAUGACCCGUCUGCUGCUCGGCGCCGUGCUGCUGGGGAACCUGGGUGUCUGUGUCACAGCUCAAGGUCCAGUGAUGCUCGCUCCAGCCACCCAUGUGAGAUUUGACUCCGUGGACUAUAAAAACGUGGUGCGCUGGACUCCACCCACCAACAGCAGCUCUCUGCAGUACUACGUCCAGUGGAAGAUUUAUGGCGAGCCUCAGUGGUUGGACGUAGACGGCUGUCAGGGGAUCCAGAAGCACCACUGUGAUCUCAGCGUUGUGACCUCUGACCCCAGAGAGUGGUACUACGCCAGAGUGCACGCCGUCUCCCUGCCCUCCAGAAAAUCAGCCUGGGCCCUCUCCCCGAGGUUCAGCCCACGCUGGGACACCAAAAUCAGCAGUCCUGUGUUGAGGGUGAACAUCACAGAGCAAGGGAUUGUGGUCCGUGUGAAGCCCCCCAGGCCGGCUGUCCGGAAGAUGCACAGCAGUCUGCUAUACAAGAUCUACCUCAUACACACCAGUGGAGAGGAGGAGGUGUUUGAGAUGGACUGCUGCUCGGACAAACUAACUCUGAAUGAGCUGAAGCACAAGACGAAAUGCUGCCUCCAAGCCCAGACCAUUAUCCCCCUCCAGGCCAAGAGUAGCGCUCGUAGCUCUGUGAAAUGUUUCACUACGCUGUGAUCACACAGCACAGCUUUAAUUAUCCAUCGCUACCUCGACGGCUGCAGCCAUAAAUAUCCGUGCCAAUAAAAGUGAUGCACUUUCUUCUCAAAAGCAUUAAGGAUCUGACAUGUUGAACUGUGUAGGUGAACUUUCACUUUGAGUGUACAGUACUUAGUAUGAUUUUAGCCUCCAGGACACAUUGUUUCACUCAAGAGCUUUAUCUUUAUUUUUUUUUAAAUACAUUUUGUUGGUGAAAGUUAAUUAGAAAUAGUAGUUUGACAAAAUUAACUUAACUCAAGGUCUACUUAGCAGUUUUUCCCCUCAGUGAAUCACUGAGAAAACUGCCUUCGUUGAUGAUGAUGUGAGCUGUGGUUCAGAGCUCCAGAAAAAGCCAGCGAGUGGACCUCGAGUUAACCCACCUGUUGUCCUCGGGUCAAAUUAGAACCAU